AUGACAACGCAGUCACAGAACCCCCACCCCUUUUCCAGGCCAUCAGCCUCACCACCAGGAGCGAAGAAACACAAAUCAGUGAUUGUGUGUCAGGCUAAAGAUGGCCAUUUGAGACAGCCUCAUGGAGGCCAUGAAGUCCCAUACCAGACCAGUGAGAACAGCCUCAGUAUGGACAUUCAAGUCCCACAGGACAAUAAUCCUAGGUUCUCCACACCAGAGGUUGCUUCCACCAGCUCAAUCAGGGAAGCAGAUGGGUGGGCAGUACACCAGCAGCACCCCCAAUCUGUCUUUUGGGCCCAACACCCUCAAGCCCUCGAGGCCAGUCCGCAAAUGGAGAGGUCUCGUGAUGAGCAAGAUAGAAGUAGCUGUAUUUUGAAGGCUUCCUAUUCUUCUGAAUUAGCUUAA